UAGCACAUUUUAUUGUGGAAAGAAUAAGAAUUGAAUUGUAAUGGCUCAAUAAAACGGGGUUAAUUUCCAUGUUGCAGAUUCUUUUCACUGCAGUCUGUACAUCUCUGUGGCGUGGACAGCAGGAUUGUUUCUUUCAAAGCUCCAAUGUUGAUGAGCCCAUCACUGAGCUGCUGAAAUAUAACCAGCAGAGUGAACUGUGUUUCAAUACACAUCUCAAAUCCUCCACCCAUCAUCAGCCUGAGAUCACACAUUUUGAGAAAGUGCUGGUGGCUCGUCAGAGAGCAAGAUACUUGCGGCUUGCUCGCCCUCCGACUUUGGCAGAGAGAAAAUGUUUGAAGAAUCAAAUUAAAAGGAGGACACUCAUUAACAAAGCAAUCAGGAAAAUGGUGUUAUUCAUGGUCACCUUGUUAAUUGCUGGCUUUAUAGCUUAUGGAAAGUCUUCCACUGGUGCCACUCAUCUGAAUCAAGUUGUCAGAACUUGGUUUUCCAGGGAUUUGUACCGACCACUUUACUCAACUCAAAAACCGGACACCUGGUGGAACUGGACCGAAAACACUCUUCUAUAUGGACUUUAUCAAAAUAAUAAUAUGUCAUAUAAUGGGAUAGAAAACAAUACUGCCCAGAUGUUCAGAUUUUCAGAAAUCAUCCACAGACCAAGUCUGUGUGGAAAGUUUGGGUGUUAUAAAGGAGAAGAAUUUCACUUCUACGUGGGAAAAAACAGAUCUGAAAUGUCCAACAAACUUCAGAAGCUGAAAGCUACAAACUGGGUGGAUGCCAACACCAAGGCCAUGAUGGUUCAGUUUACCCUAUACAGCCCACCCUAUAACCUCUUCACUACGGUCAGUGUGCUUGGAGAGCGAACACCCAUAGCAGCUGUUCAGCCUUCAGUCUUCAUUCACUCCACAAGACUUUACGGUUUGGACACUGCCCUUGAUUACUGGCUUAUGGCUGCAGAGCUUCUCUUCCUCCUCCUCACUCUACUUCAGUUAUACGUCCAGUUGUGUGCUCUCACUCAGAGAGGAUGGCUCUAUUGGGUAAAUCUGUGGAAUUGGCUGGAGGUGAGGGCACACAUGAUGACUCUCCUGAUCAGUGUUUUAGGCUUUAUCUGUACCGUGUACCACUUCACACUUAGAACAGCUGUGGUUGACCAUCUGCAGAGGGAGGAUUUUAAGAAAUUUGUUGACAUCAGUUCCGCAUCGUCUUGGGAGCAGAUCUCUCGCUCACUUUAUGGUGUUCUGGUGUUCCUUCUCCUUAUGAAGAGUUGCUUUGUGCUGAGCAUUAAUGAAGCAAUGCCUGCUGCGGUAUCUGCAAUGUCGAUGAUUUUCUCCAACCUGCUCUGGCCACUGAUAGCUGGUUUGAUUCUCGUCAUUGCCUUCUCCUGCAUGGGGAACCUUUUUUUUCAUUCAGACUUCCAUGUCUUCAGUAGUUUACCAAGAUCUAUGUACUGGAUUACCUCUCACUGUUUGCGUCUGGGAAAGUCAAACAAGUUCCACAAGCAGACCCUUUUAUUUCACUAA